UUUGAUGAGUAGAACAAACAAAAAGAAAAAAGAAAAAGAGGUUUCCUCUUGAAAAUGAAAAGUAUAUAAAAUGAAUUGGGAGGAAUAAUUAGAAAGCAAAGUGAGAAGCGAGAAGAGGAAGCAGCAGUAAGCAAUGGCGACCUCACUCUCUUUUGCGCCACCUCUCACUCUAAACACACUCUUAUUCACCAAAACGUUCCCUCUUUCUCGCCCUUUCUUUCUCUCUCUUCACAAACCCUUACUUUCUCUCUCCACUCGCUGCCGCACCUUCGCCGUCCGUGCCGAUUCUCAAAACGGCGUCAACGCCGCCGCACAUGCGCACUAUGACUUCGACCUUUUCACCAUCGGCGCCGGAAGCGGCGGCGUUCGAGCUUCUCGCUUCGCUGCCAAUCACGGCGCUUCCGUUGCUAUCUGCGAGCUUCCUUUCUCCACUAUCUCCUCUGAUACCACCGGCGGUGUCGGCGGAACCUGUGUGAUACGUGGAUGUGUGCCAAAGAAACUGCUUGUCUAUGCGUCAAAAUAUUCUCAUGAAUUUGAAGAAAGUAAUGGUUUUGGAUGGAGAUAUGACAGUGAACCGAAGCAUGAUUGGAGUAGUUUGAUAGCUAAUAAAAAUGCUGAGUUGCAGCGUCUUACUGGCAUCUACAAGAAUGUUUUGAAAAAUGCUGGUGUCAAGCUGAUUGAAGGCCAUGGAAAGAUUAUCGAUCCUCACACAAUUGAUGUUAAUGGGAAGCUAUAUUCAGCCAAGCACAUUUUAGUUGCAGUUGGCGGUCGCCCCUUCAUUCCCGAUAUUCCUGGAAAGGAAUAUGCAAUAGAUUCGGAUGCUGCCCUUGAUUUACCUUCAAAACCUGAGAAAAUAGCUAUUGUUGGUGGUGGUUACAUUGCCUUGGAGUUUGCUGGUAUCUUUAAUGGUUUGACAAGUGAUGUUCAUGUAUUUAUACGGCAAAAGAAGGUUUUACGGGGAUUUGAUGAAGAGAUUAGAGAUUUUGUUGGAGAACAGAUGUCUCUAAGAGGUAUUGAAUUUCAUAAUGAGGAAUCUCCCCAAGCUAUCAUGAAGGCAGCUGACGGCUCAUUCUCUUUAAAGACUAACAGAGGUACUGUGGAAGGUUUCUCCCAUAUUAUGUUCGCUACAGGACGCAAACCCAAUACUAAGAACUUAGGGCUGGAGUCCGUUGGUGUGAAAAUGGCUGAAGAUGGAGCAAUAGAGGUUGAUGAAUACUCUCAAACAUCAGUUCCUUCAAUUUGGGCUGUUGGAGAUGUUACAGACAGGAUAAAUCUCACUCCAGUUGCUUUGAUGGAGGGAGCAGCAUUAGUAAGAACUCUGUUUCAGGAUAAGCCAACAAAACCUGAUUAUAGAGCUGUUCCUUCUGCUGUGUUUUCCCAACCACCAAUUGGACAAGUUGGUCUAACAGAGGAACAGGCUGUACAACAGUAUGGAGAUAUUGACAUCUUCACAGCAAGUUUUAGGCCACUGAAGGCUACUAUCUCUGGACUUCCAGACCGCACUUUUAUGAAAUUAGUAGUCUGUGCGAAGACAAAUGAAGUUCUAGGUUUACACAUGUGUGGAGAAGAUGCUCCUGAAAUUGUGCAGGGAUUUGCAGUUGCUAUUAAAGCUGGCUUGACCAAGGCUGACUUUGAUGCCACUGUAGGCAUUCACCCAACUGCAGCUGAAGAACUCGUGACCAUGAGAACUCCCACUAGGAAGAUUCGAAGGAGUCAAUCUUCUGAGGGAAAGUCAGAUUCUGAAGUAAAAGCUACAGCAGGAGUUUAACUAUCUUACUUUGCUUCAAUGAUUUACAUAAUGAAACCAGUUGGCGCAUCAAGGCAGGGUGUCACUGAAAUUAGAGUGGUUAUUAAAUUAUUGGGAAGAUCUGAGCUUUCAGGAACAUGGAAUAUCCCAUUGUGGCCGAUAGUCAUUAUUCUUUAGUCUUCGAAUGUAAUUAUGGUUGGGAGCCUGGAAAAAAUGCGAAUGGAAUUUUGGUUGAUGUCGGAUUCCAUUUGUAAUUGAACUUAUUUUCUCUUUAUCCUGUGCCCUUUCAUGUACAAAUUACGAAAUUUAGGUAGGGAGUUUAAUUUGAAGUAGUUGGAAUUGAGACAAAUAACAAUGGUCCGCAUGAAUAAUAUUCUUUUUUCUUGUGAGUUAGACGGUACCCUUCUC